AUCGACUCUUUAUCUUACUACGCAAUCAUUGCAUUAGGUACCUUAAAACUUCGAACAACUCAUAAGUGAUAACGAUAUUUUGAAUGACACCUAAUAGCCAGGCCGGCAUACUUGAGCGUGCUUCGUUCUGCUAACCUUAACUGCAGUCUGCUACGCUACAUGUAGCUCGCUAACAUGGCUAAACCGAAGCCUAGCCACCUAGAAAGAACGGCAGCGGAGCCGCGAGAUGAAUCUCUACACACCGUCACGUUGGCCAAGAUCGACCAGAUCAACGACCAGAUCAGACUCUUCCGCCUUGAAUUGUCGGCCCCUCUUCGGUUCUUACCGGGUCAAUGGCUCGACGUCUUCGUUCCCGGCGUGUCCAAGGCGGGCGGAUACACCAUCACGUCGCCGCCGUCGCUAGCACAGCUCCACGUCCCACCGGGGCCGGAACAUACCCAGACCACAGGGUAUGUAGAGCUUGCCGUGCAGAAAUCGGUCGAUCCGCCGGCGGCAUGGCUAUGGCAGGACCCUGACGAGAUCAUUUACGCGGAGCUCCGGGUCCGCGUUGGGGGUAGCUUCAUGUGGCCGCCACUGGGGAUCAAGAUGGGUUCGCUACGGCGCGUGGUGUUCGUCGCUGGGGGUGUGGGUGUUAAUCCCCUGGCGAGCAUGCUGUCUAGUAUCGCGGAGGCGAGCACGAAGGCAGAAAUAGAAGCGCCGUUCCAGGUUCGGUUUUUGUACUCACUGAAAGAUGAUAAGUCGGAGGGAGGGAGGCGCGCGGAGCGGCUACAGUUUGUGCAGAGGCUGGCUGGGAUAUUUGCUUCGGGGAGGGUGAAGGGGGCGUUGAGGUUGUUUCUUACGGGGGGGAGUGGGAGUGAAGGGGAUGGGGAAAGGGAAGGGGUGGUGCAUUGUGCGGGAGAGGGUACAGAGGCUGCAGAAAAUGAUGUGCCGUUUCAAGCACGUAGGAUGACGAUGGAUGAUAUCGCCGCGGCGGUGGGGGAUGUUGAAGAGAGGAAAGCUGCGGUUGUGUAUGUCUGCGGCGUGCCUACUAUGACGGACGAGUUCGUCCAGAAGUUGACCGAUGCGGAGGUUGGGCUGGGGAUGGAAGCUCGUCGGGUGCUGUGCGAGAAGUGGUGGUAGUCGUCUGGUUUAUACGAAGGCAUAUUUAUUACUGACCAAGAAUUAUCUUUUUUGGUCUUGGAUAUAUAUGCUAUAUGCUUGUACAGGUUUACAUAGGCGUCUCUGACAUAUGCUAGGUAUACCUUAGAGCUAUUAGCUCCGUACCCAAUAAUAUGUCUGGAUUAUAGGAUUGCGAUUACGACGACCUAUACGGUUUAGAUACCAACAGAUAUUAUACCUAGGUAUUCACGUAUACGUAUUUUCAAGCAAACCACAUACAAAUA